AUGGCUUAUUUAAGUGAUCUGAGUGAAAUGGCGUUCAUAGUGCUGCUAACUAUGGUGAGCACAGUGUUAGCCGGGCGUACCUUAUUUCUCGGUCGGGAACCACCGCGUACGCUGCAAAUGAUCGGUUCCGCCAAUCCCCGGAUGCUGCACAAGAUCAGUUCGGAUCUUCAGCCCGACACCUCCAAAGUGGUGCACAUUCAGGUGCCUUACUACAUCGAACGUCCGAAACCACGCACCAAGAAGUUCCAACCCUGGAUACCGCGCGGCCAACGGUUCGUGUCCUCGUCGGGGGUCGGAUCACUCCAACAACAUCUUUCCUCCGGUCCGGUUUCGUUCGGUACACCUUUCCCAGCACGGGAAGCUCCUUUCAAAGCGAAACCCAUCCUGCCGAACGAGUUUCUCGCCAAUCCGGGACCGUACGAUACACCGUUCGUGCCGGUAAUGAAACCAAGCCCAGUGAACCCGCUACACGUCGAACAGCCUGCGCCGGAGAUUAUGUUCGAACCGAUCAGUAUCCUGCCACUAGAAGCACCCUCUUUCGCGACCAUUCGCAACCACGUGAACUAUCUGAAGCAGAAGCAGCAUGCCUUCUUUGAAGGACAGGGCCGAGAGUUCGGUUUGGGGGGUGCCACAGUGCCGGAUGAAUUGGAGUACUUCAGCGAACAUGACAAACGGUUUGGCGAAGCGGCUGUACACAACGGUGAUUCGGACCGUACGGGUGGUGAACGGAACACACUUUCCGAGCACGAUUUUGGACAGAACGAUCGGAAGUAUGAUCGACGUGGUAAGGCGAUGGGAUCAGCGAAGGGAACGGAUGAGGAGGAAGAGGAACAGUCAGAAGAGGAAGAUUUCUAUGACUCGGAAGGAAAACAGUAUCAGGAUGAUGAUUUCGAAGACUCACGUGACGAGACGGACCGAGCGGCUGCAUUCGAACCGAAGAAGGUGUAUACACAGGUUCGGCAUCGCGAAAUAGUGCGACACGUGCCACGGUCAGGACGUGAGGAGAAUGUGGAAGAGCAUGAGGAGGGAGAGAAUGAGGAAGAGGAUGAAGAUCGUGAUCGAGACAAUGGACAGGAAAAUGACAAAGCAGAAUCACAUAACCAAGAUGGAGAUGAUGAGGAAGACGAUGAGGAUGAGGAGGAUGAUCACCAAGAGCGCCACCACAGACGACUCCCGAUACGCGAACGUGUUAACCUGGAGCGUAAGAACAUCGUCUACUCGGAGAAAGGACGCCAGGCACACAAGUUUGAUCACGGUUCGGAGGAGUCGUUCGGCGAAUUCGAACAGAAGGAGGAACCAAAAUCAAAGCGUCGUAACAGAAUAAAACGAUCGACUGAGGAAAUGGCAGAACCAGCAUUGUCCAAUAGGACACUUUCUGAUCAGAUUGUGGACGUACUGGCAAUGGUAAUCUUGGGCAACGAAACGCUGCCUCUUCCGGAAGCGUUAACCGAUCCGCGUGAACUGCAUGGUGAAGAACUGAUCAAGUUCCUAGAUGAAGCGAUCCAAAACACAACGCAGUAUCUUCCCGAAGGACGGCUGAAAGAACGCGAAGUUAUAAGCAUCGUCUCCCCGCCGAGCAAUGUGGUAAAGUUCCCGUACUACAACCGUCCGGCGAGUGAGAUCGACGUCGAUUCAGCGUUACGAUACGCGGAAAAUCUAACGAGCUUUAGCACUGGCCUUUACGAUGCCAAAACGUUGGCUGGUGUGGAGUGUAACGAGGUGGAUGUGGAGCUAGAGGACGAACCGGAACCCAUCGCGGAAGACACGUCCGGGGAAGGUUUCAAACCGAUUCGACGACUCAAGGGUUUGGGCGAUAAGAUAGAUUGCUUGAAGCGAAAACACUUUGGCAGUGAACCGCUCGAUAAUCCACUGUUUCGGGAAGAGUUUGUAGGGGUAGUGCCACGGAAGAUGUACGUUGGUAAGGGCACAACGCCAGCCGUCCCUGCGCAACAGAAGCAGCAACCACAGCCCAAUCCAGCGGUGGCGGUUUACAACGACGUGAUACGCCACAUCAAGAAACAUCUCGCAAGUCAGCAACGCCGCAAGAACUCCAAAGCGGACACGGACCAGGACACGGUGAUGAUCGCGGUACCGCGCAUAUUGCGACUAGAUCACGAAGAUCCCGAACUGACCGGAACGCACCUGAAGCGCGAAGCGCGCUUAGCAUUCCCGCAGGCGAACCCACUGCCAGUCUCCAACCACAUCAGUGUGCCGAUCUUCGACAUCAGUAAGUUUGUGCCCAGGUUUAUGAUGCGCCCGAAUGAGGAUCUCUUUGCGGAACAGGACCUGCACGUGACGACUGUGAGACCACCACGGGUAAGCAGUCCCAAGGUACGUCUUCAAACGUUGGUAAGAACGGCGGAACAGCUGGCAGAAGGUGCGGUCGCCGUUGAGGAAGGCGUGGAACAGAUACUGACCACGGAGAGAAGUCCGGUGCGGGACGAUAUAGCGGAUGCGUUCGAUGAUGUACUAGCCAAACCGAAUCAACUGCCCGCACCGCUGCCACCAAUAAAACCGUACAGCGUCGUUGAGAAGGACACCAAGGACAGUGGACCGGAAGCGACAUUCAACAAGUCUGGACCACCGUAUGCGGCGCUUGCACUAGAACCACCAGUGGCGCAAAGUAUUCUAAAGCAGCGCAUUGCCCCUCUGGAGCGUAACCAUCUCGAUCUGGCAAAGGCGAAACGAUUUCCAACGAAGAAGAUACCGCGAAAGACUAGACGACCCUCGGUCACGCGGAAGAAGGUGCUCGUAUUCUAUCACUGA